AUGACGUCAUCUCGCAUAGCAACGUUUCGCCAUUUUGAGAUUGAGGCACGCAUAGGAUUUUGGUUUGCCUCUUACUAUGGCGACCACAUGGUACUGCAGAAGUCUCCGGAGAGAUCGGUUCUGUGGGGUUACGGCAGCCCUGAGGGUGCGCAGGUUAUUGUGUUGUCAGGACCAAUGAAACACAAAAGCCUAAAAGCCACUGUGGAGAAAGGCAUCUGGCAAGUCACCCUUGACCCCAUAGAGGCCGGUGGUCCCUACAACGUGACAGCGGUUCUUCAGGAAACCUCAGCCACUCUCACCGGUGUGUUAUUCGGGGACGUUUGGCUUUGUGGUGGCCAGAGCAACAUGUGCUUUAAAACAUCUCAGAUUUUCAAUGCAUCUAAGGAACUCGCUAUUGCAUCCAAGUAUCCUGACGUGAGGAUUUUUAAGGUCGCCUUAAAGAUGAGUGACAAAUAACGGACUGAUCUGAUUGGAGUGUCGCGUCCGUGGUCUGUACCUGAAACAAGGGGUCUGUCAGAGUUCUCUGCAGUGUGUUGGCUCUUUGGACCUUACUUAUACCGGAGCCUGAAGUACCCAAUAGGACUGGUGCAAUCCUGUUGGGAUGGGACGCCCGUUGAGGCCUGGUCAUCUUCCAGAGCACUUCAGCAAUGUGGUCUCGAAAAAGGGAAGCGUAAACGUUCAAAAAACGACAACUCUGUCUUGUGGAAUGCAAUGAUUCACCCACUGCUCAACAUGACACUCAAAGGAGCUCUCUGGUACCAAGGUGAAGAAAAUACUAUUUAUCACCAAAACAAGUACAACUGUUCUUUCCCUGCCAUGGAAGACUGGAGGAUGGCGUUUCACCUGGACUCAGGUGGGCAGACUGCUAUGGAUUUUCCCUUUGGAUUUGUCCAGCUGUCCACCAAUAAAAAAGGCUCCACAGAUGAUGGCUUUCCAAACAUCCGCUGGCACCAGACAGCUGACAAAGGCUUUGUUCCCAACUCUCGUCUGCAAAAGACCUUCAUGGCUGUGGCAAUGGAUUUGCCGGAUGAGACCUCACCGUACGGCCCGUAA